AUGCCUCCUACCCGCGGAAACAAGGUCAAUCCGAAGCGCAACUGUCGCACACCCGCGGCGAAACCACAACCGCCCUCGGGCAAAGAACACAAUCCUUGGCUUGAGCCCCAAGAUUUCUCUCGCUGGGAGAAACCGCUUGAUCAAAGUGUGUGGGAUCUAAAGGUGCUCGAGCACCAGGCCCACGUCGACGCCGUAUACGACAUCGUGCCCUUCUGGCUGAAGGGCAUCGAAGCAGCGGAGAGGGGGCAAACGUUACGAAUGAUGGACUUCCUGGAGUCUUUGGACACCCAGGAGGAGGGCAGACGGGGCGAGGACGAGGAAGAGACCGACAACCCCUUCCUUCAGCCGGCCAGGGCGGACAACUGGGCUCAGUGGUAUGAUUCCUCUGACGAGCCGCAAGGAGAGUCCGCCGCACGUGAUGACUGGGGGCGGCCCGCUGGCUACGCCGGGCAAGAGUGGGAGGAAUCUGGGGAUUCUGAAGAAGAGUGGAGGAAGACCUUGGAGGAAUGCGAACGAGUGUCCCCGUGGAGUAAAGUUAACGUUAUGAGGGACGAGGAUGAAGCGAGCAAAGGUUGGAUUGGGCAGGGUCAGAAGAAGUUCCGUCGGUCGUCUCGCAGUAUGGAUGGAUUCCACCAGGAUCCGUCGAGUUUAAUCGAGCUUAUUGCAAGUAAGCAAGGGGUUGAUCCGCAAAGACGGAAGAACAUGCAUCGUUUCUUGGAGCUCCCCGUUGAAGAGAAGCUGCAGACUAUCGAAGCAAUCAUCCGCGACCUCAGGUCACGUUGAAUUCCUACCACCACGAUUCGAAACACGCCGUCUUAUUUAUCUUCUGUCUCUGCACACCGUCGCAUUCACUCGCAUUGUUACCCUUGCAUAGUAUACCUCGUAAUCUCGCAUCCUUCUGCUGUCGGUCUAAUGCAAUGGAUGGUCUCUAGUUGGUCCGUUUAACAUGCGUG